AUGGAAGUGGUACCGAUGAGAUUACCGAGGAGUAAUAGCCCCGGCGGCAACGCUGUCGGAUUACCUUACAAUAGGAAAAACAUUGAAGAAUGGUCUCGGAUUGAUAGACGUACUGGAGUGAGAGAAAAAGCUAAAAUCGAAACGGAUCAUUGGACAGCCAGAAGUAAUAACGCCGCUCAUAAUUAUGGAAAGGUGAUUGAUUCGAGAGAAAGAAACAAUCCCGAUGGUAGUUUUCAAGAAAGGCAAAGAAAACAAAUGGAAGUGUUUCAAACAAAAGUACCAGGAGGUUCGAUGCAAGUCAUAAGAACUCAAACGGUAACGACAAGCUCCAAAAAAUGGACUUCGACCAAUGACAAAGGUUUUGGAGAUUUAGAGUUACCUGUUAAUUCUUUAGAUUUGAGUUCUCAAAAGACCAAAGGGAGUGUGGGACGUAGUGGGUCGAUCGGAGGUCGCCGGCCCCCAACGCGUCCUCGAAGUUUGAUCAGUCAGUCUUCUAAUGCCGAUACCAACGCAUACCGAGAUGAUUCUUCUUCUUCUUCUGCAUUUAGAUUAUGCCAACGUCUUCAUCAACAAGCCAGAGAUGAAAUGUUUAGAGAAUUUAACGAUUUUAAAAAUCGAAGUCAAUCAUUUAAUUUACUCAAUAAUAAUAAUAAUAAUAAUAAUAAUAAUAAUAAUAAUAAUAAUAAAGACUCCGAUACAGAAAGUGAACGUUCCGGUGUGGUUAUAACCGACGUUACAAAUCCUACAUCAUCAACAUCAUCAUCAACAAACGAUUAUGGUUGUUCCGUUAAGAAUAAUUUAAACCGGCAAAAGAGUUGUAGUAAUGAAAAUAUAAUUAUUGAAUCGGACAAUGAAAGUUUAUUAAGACGUUCUUCGAAAGUGAGAAGGAGUUUACAAUGUCAUAAACAAAAUCAAUUAGACUGCUGCGACACCGCCGCCGAUGAUUACGACGACGGAAGUCCGACAAAAUCGUUAAAAGAAAGAGCCGCAGAAAUCGAAAGGUUGCUAAGACACGGAAGUUCCACUUACACGUCUUCAAGCCCCGACAGGCUAAAUGAGUCUUAUGGGAAAUCGAAAUUUCUCAAAACCAAAGACUGUUUUAUAUCACCGGAAACGUUAAAACAAGUACGAGAUAGAUUGAAAAAAUCUAAUUUUAGCGACAACGAAGGUAAAGAUGAUGGUAUAGCGACUGAAAAAGAAGAAUCCACAUCAUCGUCUAGAAUAAAUAGUUUCGACUACGGUUUAGAUUCGGUUAAUGACACUAACAAAAAACCUAACAUUAACGGUACGGGAAGCUUAGAAUCUAGAUCCUCGAAUAAAAAUUCGAAUAACGCAACGAGAACAUCCGAAUGGUACAGGAGAAGAAAAUCGUACGGUUUCGAACAAGUUGACGAAUACAAUAAAUUUGAUAAAUUUAAUAAUAAUAAAAAGAAUCACAUGGACUCAUCAACCGACAGCGGGAUAUGUCAGUCAACGGAAACCAUGGGUGUACCCAAUUGGUCGAAAAAUACGGAUUCGUUUUGGAACAAAACAAAACCAGAAUCACCGUUGAGCUCUAAGAGUGAAAGACCCACGUCUACUGUCGUUACAGUCAGAGUUAAAAAAGAUCCGACAGAUAAUUGUUUUAAUAAUGAUCAGAAACUUUCUCCAGACAGAGGAAUCAAUUCCGUUUAUUUAGACGGUUAUUCGAAUGACUAUUUUAACUAUUCUGGAAAUUCUAAAAGAUCAGAUUUUAAAAAUAAAUCCCACGGUUACGUUGAAGAUGAUCCCACUACGUGCGGUGAAUCCGUUUGGAACAGGAAAUCACCCAUUCCAUCAUAUUCCGUAAAAACUUCGGAAAAUUUAAAAUCUUCUUUUCGUUCGACCGGAAAUCCCUGGAUAUCUCAAUUGAGAGGUACCAAACUCAUGGAUAGAAAUUGGGAUUUCGAACAAAAAAAUGAAACGGAUGAGAAAAAAUUACAACCGGAAACUUAUCCGAAACCCGUAUUGUCGUCCUCGUCGUCGUCUCAAACCAAAGAUGAUAAUAAUAAACCGGAAACCAACGAAACGGGUAACCAGAAAAAGAGUAAAAAAGUUGAAUUUUGUAAAACGGAAGUUCACUUUGCUGCCGAAUCAGGUAAAUUUAACAUCGUCGAAACGGAUGGUAAACCUCCGCCGAAUGAUAUGUUUCGAAGACGAAGACGUAGUACGGGAUCCAUUAUUUCUAAAAACGUUAAUCAAAAUUUACCGGAAAUAAAAUUUGGGGAUUCUCAAUUUGAAAAAACAAUGCUGUUGACGUCGAAUAAUAAUUCCGAAUCAAUAAAUGAUAAAAUCGAAGCGGAAUUACAAGAACUUUCUAGAAUCGUCAUGGAAACAUUACCGAAAUCGAAAGAACGAAAAGAAACGGAUGAUUACGAACGUAAAAAUUCUUGGUUGUACGACGUCGCCGAAGAACCUUUCGAAAACAACAAUGAUAAUAAUAAUUUAACAGAUUCUAACAAACCCAAAAGCAUAUUGAAAAAUUACAGGAAUUCAUUUUUGUUAGGAGAAAACGGGGAUUACGAUGAUAAUAAAAACGUAAAAAUGCCUGACGUGAGGAGUCCGACGAGGGGGGAUUCCUCCGCGGCACCCGUUUGGAAAUCUACGGUCACGUUAAAAAACAAAAGAUUCGACGAAAUAUAUAAUAAAAAACCGGAAGAAGAUAAAAAAUUAUGUUCUAGCGACGGUGAAACGGAACUUCAAAUCCGUUUGAAAAAUUUAAGAAAAACCGAAGAAGGGGAUCAUAAAAAAUUUUGGGAAAAUACGAAAUCCCGAAAAGACAUCGAACAACAUUCGGUGGAUUACAAGAGACGAAGUUUACCACACGACAUAACAUUUAAAAACGUUUCACUUAAUUUUCCCGAUGAAUCCAAUAAUAAUAAUAAUAAUAAUAAAAUGUCAAUAUCGAACGAGGAAAUGCCAAAACUUUCUGUCGCCGAAAGGAUAAAACAAGUCGAACAAAUGAAAUCAAAUAAUAAUAAUAAUAAUUAUUCGACAAAAAUUAAUUUUCGAUCUGGAGAAAUGACCGUCGUUCAAAAUGGCGCGACGAAUCCUUCUAAUAAAAUUCACGACGAAACGAAAAAAUCAACUGCAACUCCUACUCCUACUGCCGCCGCCCCCGCAACUCUCAAUUAUUGGCAAAACUCUGGAAAAAAUUUUGAUGACGUCAUAAAAAAAGAAACAAAAUAUUCGACGAGAGAGGAACGAACCGUACUUUCAUGUGAUGAAUUAACAACAAGUAAUCAACCGGUAAUGAGAUUUCCAACAACAACACCCGGUGAUGAAAAAAUGACGGAUGAUAAUCGAAAUUAUCAAACAACAAGAAUAUUAAUCAAUUUGAAAACUAUUGAUAAGGAUGAUAACAACAAACAUGGAGGAGAUAUAUUUUCAACGGAUAAUAAGAAUAAUAAUAAAAUGAUAAAUGGUGGUGGAAAAACGUCAUCAUCCGGAAAAUCCUUGUUAAAUCCAUACGGAAGUUGGUCGUCUGGUACUAAAAAAGAUUUCGAUAAAUACGUUAACGAUUUGAAAUCGACGUCAUUGGUUAAAAAAACAACACGUGAUUCUUCUUUUCAAGAUUUAAAUAAUCAUCAAAUCGAAGACAUGCCCAAAUUAUCGAAAACGGUACACGAGAUAAUCGAUCAAUUCGAUUCGUUAUCGAAAACCGUUUUCAAACCUAAAACGCGAAAACCUAUACCGACGAUAUAUAAAAAUUCUAAAUCCGAAUACACUCAUUCGGAUUUAGAAGAAGAAUUAAAAAAUUUCACCGAUAAUUUAGAUAAAGAUUUUAAAGAUAUUUACGAAGAAGAAAUCGGGUCGUUACGUAAGACGAAAAGUUUGAGAGAAAAAAAAAAUUUUUUUCAUCAUGGAAACGAAGAAAAUUCUAGAAAAAAUUAUAAUAAGGAAUCACAUCAUAAUCGUUUGUACUACGGUACAAAUUUGAAAUCGUCGAGCGACGAUGGUUCUUAUACGAAAAAAUCAUCCCUUAAAACAUCAUCGAAAGAUAAUUACGAUACCGAUGACAGUGACCUUUUGGCCGACGAAGAAGUUCGUUCUUACAUGAGUACCGGACACGGAGGAUCCGACAGCGAAACUGAUGGAGGACCUUUCGGUACUACACCCGGCUCUAGAAAAUCAUUUCAACAUUCAAUGCAACGUUUUAAAAAAUUAGAAUCUAAUCAUAAUGAAAAAAAAGAAAUAAAAAACAACGCAGAACCAAUUCAACCGGCUACAAUUUAUCCGAAAUCGAAUCCGACUCGUAAAUAUCAAGUAAAACCUUCAAUCACUUCAUCGAAAAUCAAUUCGGGACCAUAUAAAUACAGUGAUGAUGAUGAUGAUGACGAUGAUGAUGAUGAUGAGGAUGGUGGUGGUGGUGGUUAUUAUACGAGAAGACACCAUGAAAACGAUUCAAAAUUGAGAUCUUAUCAAAGCACAACGCGUUCGAACGGAUACGAUAUUGAUAGGAGAGAAAGAAAUUUACAUUCGAAGCCUAGAGAACGUGUAUCGUACUUGAACGAUUUGUCAUUGUCUGAAAAAUAUUCUAAAUACCUUCAAAGAAGUUCCGUAUCGAGUACCGAUACAAUAUCCGAUGGACCUUUAGAUAAAACAGAGCGGAAAAAAAAUUAUUACGUUAAUAAUAAUGAUACCGAUGAAGAAUUUCAUAAAUCCACCAAAAAUAAUAAUGACGUUUAUAAAAAUGAUGAUAAUCGUAGAUACAAAUCACCUCAUAGGAAAUCAUAUCGUGGAUCCCCCCGGGAAAAUGAUAAGAAAAAAUACGAGGUAGAUGAAAAUUACGUGAGAGAAAAAUCGAAAAUCAGCAGCACCAGCACCAGCAGCAACAAACACUCGAAUAAAACGAUGAGAGAAACGAGACAAAAUUACAAAUUAAAUCCUUCGGAAAAAUUAAUGAAUCACGAAUACGUCAACGAGUAUCAAGUUAAAAGUUACAGAACGGAAAAAGGAAAACAAAGAGAAAAAAAUCAAACGGAUGAAGAACUAGAAGAAUUGAAAAAAGCAGCGGAUCAAAUAUUAAUGGCUGUUAACGGUUACACAGAUGAUUCCUCACUCGUCGGUAGCAGCGAAGAAGAAAGAUCUCGAAGAAUAAUAAGAAAAGAUAAAAUAAAUAAUUUGGAUACAAUUUCCGAAGGGAAAAGAGUAUCAAAGACUGACGCGAGACGAAACACAACAACAACAACCACCACCAGUACCACCACCACCAAAAUGAACGGAAAUCUACAAUCUUCUGCUUCGAGCGUAGAAAGUUUAAAUAAAGAAUCAAUAAGACCAUCACGUGAUCAUUCAAAAUCAUCAUCAUCUAGGAUGAAAUCAACAACGAGUAGUAAACCAUCCACGAGUAGAAGUACUCGUUUGUUACAGAGAGCAACGAGUAGAGAAGCCAUAAUGGGACAUCCGAGUUCUUCCGAAGAUAUUCCUUCCUACGUGGAAGAAUCAAAAAGAAGAAUGAGAAGGCAAAAAUCUUUAUCAACGUCCAAACCGGAAACUCAAUCACCGGAAAAGAAAGAAACCUCAUCACGACACAGAACCAAAUCAAAAAAAAUUGAAUCUUCGACUUCGUCAUCGACUAGGCACAGGUCAAUCGAAAAGGUCAAAGAAUCAUCAUCGUCGACGUCGAACGUAAAAAGAACAAGUAGAUCGAGCCAUCAUCAUCAUCAUCAUCAUCAUCCAAUCCCUGAUAUCGAUAAAACGAAAACGACCGUUAUAAGAAAAAUUCAUCCGGAAAAACCUGGUAAUUUUAAAUUUAUGGAUGUAAUUAAAUGCGUAGAGAAUACGGUAAUAAAAUUUUACCUACUUUUCUUUGGUAGAAGUAGAUUCGAUUAA